AUGGAGCCUCGGCGUCUGUCAGAUAAAGGUGGGCAGAGGCCCCCCGCCCCUCCUGGGUCGAUGCCAAAUCUGUCUUCGGCGGAGGACCUGCAGCAGCACGUAGAGUGGGCGCAGCGGAUCCUGGAUGACCGAACGCUUGUGCCUGUGCAGCACAAGAAGGUGGUGGAGAAGCCUCAUAGCGUGUUGCAUCUUCUCUGGGGCGCAGCCCUCGUCCUGCUCAUCAUCUUCGUACGGCGUCUUCCCCGCUUCCCGGGGGUUGUAGUACCAGACAGGCUGGACCAGGGUGACCCCCUGCUUUAUUGGGAGUCGAAGAACAUCAUUGGUGAUAACCCUGAAGAAGGUAUGCAGCUGCGGCUGCGCAACAACCCACAUGUGGCGAAGGGUUUUCAUGAGUUUGCACAGUUGUCAAAGGAGAGCUUCGAUCGCCGCGACAAGGCAUCUCAGAGGAUUCACAACUUUCAGAAGCAGAUGGUGGCGGCCUUCAACCCGCUUAUUGUCAUCACAGAUCGCAUGAACAACCUGCUGAAACAGCUGCCGCCCCUAGCAGAAAGCUUUCCCAGCAACGCGGAGGACCUGCGCGCGCAGCUACAGCAUCUGUGUGAAACCGAAGCUGCUGCUUCAGACAAGAAAGACGAGUUCCUGGAGGACUGGAAUGUUAACAGAAUGCGCAAAGAGCUGUACAGCGACCCCAUGGUGGCCACAGCUCUGCGUAACCUCGUUGAUAUCGAUUCAGCUUACAUGCACAAGAAAAUAGCUAUGCUCGAGUUCCUCGUUAGCGAGGCAAUGAAGGCUACAGAAGGCACAUCCAUGAGCCCCAUCGUCAUGAAGGAAAUCCAGUUUCUUGAAAGCAAAUACAAAGCUGCAGCAAGUGAAGCAGAACGACAAGCAGCAGCCUGCAUGAACCUGCUGCCUCCACAGGACCACUGGUUACUGCUGCUCUUCGUUGAACACCUCGCAGCCGCUCCUCCUCCAUCCCCUGCACCAGCACCACAAACUACAAAUUAA